UACAUUUGUGUGAGCUCUCUCUCUCCCUCUCUUGUCUUUCUUUUAUUUUUCCUGCUUUAGUUUCUAAGCCUUGAGCAAGGCCAUUCUCAAUAUGCUCUGUGGUUGCAGCUUAAGCUGAUAUGCCAAAAACCAGAAGAUAAUGAUCUUGAUCGGGUUGCUUAGGAAUGCUUAUGGAUGUGGGGGGUUUUUCUUAAAGAAAUUCAUGGUGUUCUUAUAGUGUUCUUAUGAUCUUCAAACAAGUAUUUUAGAAAAGAGGUUUUGAUCUUAUGAAAGAGAAAGUUUUGAUUUUUCGAGGUUUAAGAUAAAAAGUUUGAAACGACGGGGAAGGGAUAUAUUAUCGUUAAAUGACUACUAAUUCGUAUCGUUACUCUGUCCGCAUGCCUAGGAAGUUCGAGGUGAACGUGGUCCCCGCCGAAUCCAAAGUCUUAGGACAUUUCCUCGCUGUGACUAAGACAACAAGCAUGCGUGUGAUCAGUCGAGAUGUGGCCCUAUACCUGCUUGAUGUGGACGACGACAAGGUUCGAGACAUCGACCGCGCGACUGAUGGUUCAGCUAUGGGAUUAACGAGAGAAGAGGAUUCGAGGCGAUGUGAUGCAAGCGUUGGAGGAGGCCUUGAAGGGAACGCGGCCUAUGAGUCGGGUAUUGAGUGUCAUAAUUGAGUCUGUACUUGGGGGUGAGCUAAGUUUGUUUAUAGGGUUCGAACCUAACCUAGAGACCUUCUUGUUGUGUUGGCUCGAGGGCGAUCGAACACUAGUUAAAUCAUUAUGUUGUAAUUUGAAAGAAUCAUUGUAC